GUUACGGUUGGCAAGAACGCCAUUGCAAUCAUGGCGGACCUCAACAGUAGCCUGACAGCCAUGGACUGGCUACCAAAGCUUAGUGUUGGCACUGCUUUGAACACUGCCAACAAGAUGUCGAACAACAAUAACGAUCCAAAUCGGGACAAGAGUCCAUUUCGCAAACCGCCGAGCUCACCGCUCGAUCCGAACGCGACUUUAGACGAUGAGGAGGCACAACAACACAAAACGCGCGAAAGCAAACCACCAUAUUCUUACGCAAACUUGAUCACUUUUGCAAUAAAUAGCUCACCGAAGAAGAAGAUGACGCUGAGUGAGAUAUAUCAAUGGAUCUGCGAUAAGUUCCCGUAUUACAAAGAAGCUGGAAACGGAUGGAAGAAUUCGAUCCGACACAAUCUGUCACUCAAUAAGUGCUUUAUGAAAGUGCCCAGAAGCAAAGACGACCCUGGCAAGGGUUCAUAUUGGGCGAUAGACCAGAAUCCACAAGAUGACAGUGCACAUUCCCGGCAAAACAGGAAAAGACGGCCAAGCGAUUCUAGGUUAUCUCCAUAUGGGCCUGAAGAUGGUCGUGUCUCACCAAUUAGCCCUCAGUCCUCGCCAUGUGGAUCACCAUCAUCUCCAACAUUAGCCUCGCUGCAUGCUAGUGCAGGAUAUUAUGGUUCGUCUCCUACUAACCAGGGUUUCCUGGGAAUGUCAGCUGGGAUAUCCCCUGGGUCAUCGCCUAACACUAAUGUAGGUGGAUUUGGCGCCUCACAGAGCUAUGGAGAACCUCCAAGGAAGAUUUUCCCAGAGGUUGCCUUUGAAGAUCUCAGUGCAUCAUUUAAAAAUCUUUACAAAUCUGUUUUCGAUGCAUCACAUGGAGGGGACAGUUAUGGUGGUGGAAGUAUAGGUGCCAGUAUCUUUGCAGGCAGCCAGAACCUAGCUGCGUCUGCACAACUGUCACAGCAGCAACAACUUCAACAACAACAGCAGCGUCAACAACAACAACAACAACAGCAACAACACCACCAGCAGCAACAACAAAAUAAUCUACUGCAAAAUAUGGAACUACUCUUGGAAAGCCUUAACACUAGAAGUUUUCAAAACUUUGACCUUGGUACAUGGCAAGUCUUGAUGGAAAGUAUGAAAUCUGCUGAUCUGCAAAAUAUGGGAGUGGAUCAGAAUCAGUGGCAGGAUUUUGCCUUUUCAUUUAGUCAAUAUCUUCACCAGCAAGGCUUUAUCCCUGAUUCUAACUCCAUGAGGGGAAUAAGCCCAUCCUCAUCCAACAGUAGCAAUAUGAUGGGCAGUCCACAAGGAAUGCUUCAAGUAAGCAAUCCCCAGUUUACAUCUGGAGGCUCCCCUUUACAAGGUUCUCAGCAUAGUUACAGCAGUUCGGCAAGUUUUAGUGGCAGUUCACAGCACUCCAUCCCAGGCAUCAAAGUGACGUCAAUUAAUAAUCAACCCACAGUGGGUCAGACUGGUAAUCAGCAUACAAUGAUUGGGACAAGAGCACCAGCGCUAAUGGAUGACGAUGAGGAUGAGGAAUUUGACUGGGAUUCAUUGCUAUGAGUCUGUAUACAGGUAGCAGGGUAGCAACUGUGAUAUUUGUAAUUAUUAUUGGGAGGGAAGGACAGAAGAUGAAGCAAAGUUCAGGAAUGGAAAGCAUUCAUUGACAUAACAUGUUUUUUAGAGUAUGUACACUAGUAGUUUAAAGUAAAAAUUAUUUAAAUAUGAAAGGUGAAAUGGCUUUUAAACAUACCUUAGAGAUGUAGGGGUGGGGGGGGGGAGGUAAACUUCACCAUCUAGACAAACCCAACCCCCCCCCUUGAGAAGUGUGGUUUCCUUUUUAUCCAGGACUCCUACAAAAUUAUUUAUUUUGACUUGGAUGAAAAGGAACAUUACCAUUCUCAUUGAGGAAGUGCUCAAAUUUAUUAUAGUGUGAGUAUUCUCUGUGAUUGUAUUGGACCAAUUAGUAAUAUGCAAGUAUUUGAAUUAUACUCAAAGUUUGUUCCUGUAAAUCCAACAAAAAAAUCCUAUUCCCUCUCAAAGUUUUGGAUGCAAGGUCCAGGGGCCUGUAGCAAACUUCUUCAAUGUCUACGAUGAUGAUAAUAACUUUAUGGACGAGCCCUCUCCCACUUACAACUUCUAGGUUUACAAUUAUGAAAAAAGUAUCGAGUAUCACCAAGAAACUGUGGUGAAUGAUAAUGAUGAAUCAUGACCAGCUAAUGUUGUGACGUUUUCUCUAAGAGAAGAAUUUACCUUCAAUUUGAAGGUAUGCUGUUUGACAUGCAUCAAACUUCUUUUGAUGACUGUGUCACAAUAGUAAGAAUGAAUGACUGGUUAUAGCAGUUUUUUUUAUUUUUAGCCGUGACAAGAAAUGGGUUUUACAUGUACCUGCUUGUAGUAUCAUCCUCAAGACACCUCAUAGAAGUAAAGGUGUUAUUCUAUUUACCGACAAUCUCUUGGCCCACUCAACUGCUUGUUGAUUUUUAUUUUGUUGCAGACUGGGUGCAUUGUUCAAUGAGGGCUCUGAAAAAAUAUUUUUAGGGGUUGCUGUCCCAAAAUUAUCCUUAAUUGAGCCAUAUACAUAUGCCAGGGACCCAUGCUGGGUAUUUUAAGGUGCAUUUUUUGAGAUUUGCUCUUGUGUUCUUACCACAUAGUUUUAGUUGCAAGUCAAUGUGAACAGUAUCCUCCAAAUAGAAUCUUUAAAUUGUGAAUAUUAAAACAGAAGAUGUCUUUUGCUAGUUUUUAAUUCAGUUUUGGUAGGACUUAACCUUUGUAACAAGACUGCCAUGCCCAGGUAACUUUGGCAGUGAAAAACCAAUCAUGUUGCACCCAAAUAACUUAGAAAGUUAGAAAGGGCAUUGACUGUUUCAAGUGUCAGAAGGUAAAAAUACUUCAUUUCAGGUCUGUAGUGUGAUUGGUUCCACAUUGUCAUUAGGUGUAUGUGGUGAUCUCAUGUACAUUUAACAAUAGUAUUGAAGGUGCAGUUGGAAUUUAGUCUCCAUGGUGACUUCAGAUCAAAAGCCAGAUUUGUAUAUGCAAUUGCAUACAGUGCGGAACACACUAGGUGACAAGUCCCUGAGAUGGGUAUCUCUGUUAAAUGGUUUUGUGCAUACUUCUUCCAAAUCAUGCAACUAUGACUCCUAUUAUUACAAUGAUUAUCACAAGAAUUCCUGUUAGAAUUUGUGCAAUGCAUAGCAGCUACAAAGCCCCGUCACAGACCAAAAUCUCUAAGUCACUGCAAUGUCCCCGCAAUGUGUUACAGCAGCUUCCUGCUCACCUUUGGUAACUAAUUAUAGAUAGCUGACCCUCACAAUCAUACCCUUAUCACACACAAUGAAACCAAGCAUGUUUAUCAUGUGCAAUAGUUUAGAAUUUGAGAAUUAACACUGUUUGUAGAUAGAUUGCCAAAUAUUCAUAGCAAAGUCAGUAAUGGGGGUAUGCAAUUAAAAAGCUGCCCCCAAGAGUCAUGGAAACCAUUUUUAGGGUCUAGCCAUGUGUAAGAACAACUUUCCUUUGUGAUAUUGUUUCACCCAGCCAGAGGAAUGUAAAGCAUAAUGCUUAGUGUGUUCCAGCUUUGAUGUAUAAUUAAAAAAGGGGAAAAUUUCACUGGAGAGUUAGCGGUCACCCAGAGCCUUCUUUCAAGCACUUUGUCAAAGGACCUGUGUCUUCAAUGGCAGUGGAAAAAUUACAAUCACCAGACUUGUUAACUGCACAGGAAACUGUUAGAAACCCUGAAAUGAUCACAAUAUUUAGAUGACAAUUUCUUUUCCUACCAAUUACUUUUUUUUUUUUUAAGGUGGUUGCCAUCUAGGAUAAAGGUCCAUUUUAAAUACAGGUUAAAUUAACAGUUUCCCCCUCUCUUUCCUAUCUGAGGGGCUAUGAUGAAACAAUACAAAAGUAUUAAUAAUAUAUUACAGCAUGUGUUGUAACUAGGACUUACCUGAUAAGUUUAAUAUUGAAAAUUGAUCAACCUGUAGUCCAUAAAGAGGUAGACUAGUGUUUUGUGAUGUUUAUAUUAUUUUGUACAUACAUGCACAUUUUUUCAUAUUUUUAUCCAUAUUUCUUACCUUUGCAUAAAUAUGGCUUAGGUUUCCAUCAUAAUGUGGUGAGGUGUAAAAUUAUUAAACACACA